UGGUUUUAUAUGCUUAUCCCGGUUGUACAAGUUUCUAGCUUAAGUGUGGCCUCUUCAUUUCUCUGCAAUUAAUUCUCUUUGAAACCCAGGAAGAAAAGGGAGGAAAAAAGGGAAAAUAAUGUCUUCACCAAGCAAACGACGAGAGAUGGACUUGAUGAAACUGAUGAUGAGUGAUUACAAGGUAGAGAUGAUCAAUGAUCGCAUGCAGGAGUUCUACGUACAUUUUCAUGGACCUAAUGAGAGUCCUUAUCAUGGAGGUGUAUGGAGGAUAAAAGUGGAGCUACCAGAUGCAUAUCCAUAUAAAUCUCCAUCGAUAGGCUUUGUUAAUAAGAUCUACCAUCCAAACAUUGAUGAGAUGUCUGGCUCUGUUUGUUUAGAUGUUAUUAAUCAGACUUGGAGCCCCAUGUUUGAUCUGGUUAAUGUGUUUGAAGUAUUUCUGCCCCAACUUCUUCUCUAUCCCAACCCUUUAGACCCAUUGAAUGGAGAGGCUGCAGCACUGAUGAUGCGAGAUCGACCAGCUUAUGAACAAAGAGUAAAAGAGUUCUCUGAGAAAUAUGCCCGACCAGAAGAUAUAGAAGCCACUUCAGAAGAGGACUCAGGUGAUGAGGAGAUGAGUGAAGAUGAAUAUGAUUCAAGCGAUGAGGCAGUGGCAGGCCAAGCUGACCCAUAGAAGUUCAUGUCCAUAAUGAUUGUUUUGUAUAUUCUGCCUUUUAACUUGGUUAGAAGAUCAAUCUCAAUUUUCUUGUAAGAAUAAGAAUUUAAUCCCAACUGAAUAUAGCAGGAAAAGGUCUUCAUCCCAGCCUAUACUAGCUGCGUGUGUCAAUGCUAUAAUUUGUUAAUAAUAUAUAAGUUCUCCCUUUUUUAUUCGGUA